CGCCCCCGCCCCCCCGCCACGGGGAAAGCGCCUCGGGGAAAGCACGGCUCUCCGCCGCCAAACAGGCGCCGCCAGUUUCUCUCGCCAGGCAGAGCCCUCGUUCCCACCCCCGUUUCAUCUUCUCUUUCCCCCGGACGCAGCACUAGGCGACGUGGAGCCGGCCAAACGCUUCCCUCACCGGGACCCUCAUCAUGGCGAGCGCCUCAUACCACAUCUCCAACCUGCUGGAGAAAAUGACGUCGAGCGACAAGGACUUCAGGUUUAUGGCAACAAAUGACUUGAUGACUGAACUACAAAAAGAUUCUAUCAAGUUAGAUGAUGAUAGUGAAAGGAAGGUUGUGAAAAUGAUUUUGAAGUUGCUUGAAGAUAAAAACGGUGAAGUGCAAAAUUUAGCAGUCAAAUGUCUUGGACCCCUGGUGAGUAAAGUGAAAGAAUACCAAGUAGAGACAAUUGUUGAUACUCUCUGUACUAACAUGCUUUCUGACAAAGAGCAGCUACGUGAUAUUUCAAGCAUUGGUCUAAAAACGGUUAUUGGAGAACUUCCUCCUGCAUCUAGCGGCUCUGCAUUAGCAGCUAAUGUUUGUAAAAAAAUUACUGGGCGACUUACUAGUGCUAUUGCAAAACAAGAGGAUGUGUCUGUUCAGUUAGAGGCUUUGGACAUCAUGGCUGACAUGUUGAGCAGGCAAGGAGGACUGCUUGUGAACUUCCAUCCUUCUAUUCUGACGUGUCUGCUUCCUCAGCUAACUAGUCCAAGGCUUGCUGUGAGAAAAAGAACCAUCAUUGCUCUUGGUCAUCUUGUUAUGAGCUGUGGUAACAUAGUGUUUGUGGACCUCAUUGAACAUCUCUUGACUGAGCUAUCAAAAAAUGAUUCCAUGUCAACAACAAGAACCUAUAUACAAUGUAUUGCUGCCAUCAGUAGACAAGCAGGUCAUAGGAUAGGUGAAUAUCUUGAGAAAAUUAUCCCUUUAGUAGUAAAAUUUUGUAACAUAGAUGAUGAUGAACUUCGAGAAUAUUGCAUUCAAGCAUUUGAAUCUUUUGUUAGGAGAUGCCCUAAAGAAGUUUAUCCUCAUGUAACCACCAUUAUAAACAUUUGUCUUAAGUACCUUACCUACGAUCCCAAUUACAAUUAUGAUGAUGAAGAUGAAGAUGAGAAUGCUAUGGAUGCUGAUGGUGGAGAUGAUGAUGACCAAGGGAGUGAUGACGAAUAUAGUGAUGAUGAUGAUAUGAGCUGGAAGGUUAGACGUGCAGCCGCAAAAUGUUUGGAUGCUGUAGUCAGUACGAGGCAUGAAAUGCUGCCCGAGUUCUAUAAGACAGUAUCCCCUGCUUUAAUUGCAAGAUUCAAAGAGCGGGAGGAGAAUGUAAAAGCAGAUGUUUUCCAUGCAUAUCUCUCUCUUCUAAAACAAACUCGACCUAUACAGAGUUGGCUCUGUGAUCCUGAUGCAAUGGAGCAAGGAGAAACACCUUUAACAAUGCUUCAGAGUCAGGUUCCCAAUAUUGUUAAAGCUUUGCAUAAACAGAUGAAGGAAAAAAGUGUGAAGACUCGUCAAUGCUGUUUUAAUAUGCUAACUGAAUUGGUCAAUGUAUUGCCUGGUGCUCUCACACAACACAUUCCUGUACUUGUUCCAGGCAUAAUUUUUUCACUGAAUGACAAAUCAAGUUCUUCUAAUCUGAAGAUAGAUGCUUUAUCUUGUUUGUAUGUGAUCCUCUGUAAUCACGCUCCCCAAGUUUUUCAUCCUCAUGUCCAAGCAUUGGUGCCUCCUGUUGUGGCAUGUGUUGGAGAUCCAUUUUACAAAAUAACGUCUGAGGCACUUCUAGUUACCCAACAACUGGUUAAAGUCAUACGUCCUCUGGAUCAGCCUUCUUCUUUUGAUGCCAGUCCUUAUAUCAAAGAUUUGUUUACUUGUACAAUCAAGAGACUGAAAGCUGCUGACAUUGAUCAAGAAGUGAAAGAGAGAGCAAUUUCUUGUAUGGGCCAAAUCAUUUGCAGUCUUGGAGACAAUCUUGGUUCUGAUCUACCUAAUACUCUUCAGAUAUUUCUAGAGAGACUAAAAAAUGAGAUAACUCGACUAACCACUGUGAAGGCUUUGACUCUGAUAGCUGGUUCAUCUCUGAAGAUUGAUCUGAGGCCAGUUUUAGGAGAAGGUGUUCCUAUUCUUGCUUCUUUCCUCAGAAAGAACCAACGUGCUUUGAAACUUGGAACUCUCUCUGCUUUAGAUAUAUUAAUAAAAAACUACAGUGAUAGCUUGACAGCUGCUAUGAUUGAUGCUGUCCUAGAUGAACUUCCACCUCUUAUUAGUGAGAGUGAUAUGCAUGUGUCACAAAUGGCCAUCAGUUUUCUGACCACUCUAGCUAAAGUUUAUCCUUCCUCACUCUCAAAAAUCAGUGGCUCUAUAUUGAAUGAACUUAUUGGGCUGGUACGGUCACCGUUAUUGCAAGGUGGAGCUCUUAGUGCUAUGCUAGAAUUUUUCCAAGCUCUGGUUGUGACUGGAACAAGCAACUUAGGGUAUAUGGAUUUAUUGCGCAUGUUAACAGGUCCAGUGUACUCACAAAGUACAGCACUUACUCACAAGCAGUCUUAUUAUUCAAUUGCCAAAUGUGUAGCUGCCCUUACACGAGCAUGUCCUAAAGAGGGACCAGCAGUUGUAGGUCAAUUUAUCCAGGAUGUCAAGAACUCGAGAUCUACAGAUUCCAUUCGUCUCUUAGCUUUGCUUUCUCUAGGGGAAGUUGGACAUCAUAUUGACUUAAGUGGACAAAUAGAGCUAAAAUCCGUAAUUUUAGAAGCAUUUUCCUCUCCUAGUGAAGAAGUAAAGUCUGCAGCUUCGUAUGCAUUGGGAAGUAUUAGUGUCGGCAAUCUUCCAGAAUAUCUCCCAUUUGUCUUGCAAGAAAUAACUAGUCAGCCUAAAAGACAAUACCUUCUUCUUCAUUCCUUAAAGGAAAUAAUUAGCUCUGCAACAGUACAAGGUCUCAAACCUUAUGUGGAGAGCAUCUGGUCUUUGCUACUCAAACAUUGUGAGUGUGCAGAAGAGGGUACCAGAAAUGUUGUUGCUGAAUGCUUGGGGAAACUUUCUUUAAUAGAUCCGGAAACUCUGCUUCCACGCCUCAAAGGAUACUUGGCCUCAGGAUCAUCAUAUGCUCGGAGUUCGGUAGUCACUGCUGUGAAGUUCACUAUCUCUGAUCACCCACAGCCCAUAGACCCACUUUUAAAGAAUUGUAUAGGUGAUUUUCUAAAAACAUUGGAAGAUCCAGAUCUUAAUGUGAGACGAGUAGCUCUGGUAACAUUUAACUCAGCAGCACACAAUAAACCAUCACUAAUAAGAGACCUUUUAGACACGGUGCUUCCGCAUCUUUAUAAUGAAACAAAAGUGAGAAAGGAACUAAUAAGAGAGGUUGAAAUGGGGCCAUUUAAACAUACAGUUGAUGAUGGUCUUGAUAUUAGAAAGGCAGCUUUUGAGUGUAUGUAUACUCUGCUAGAUAGUUGUCUGGAUAGACUUGACAUCUUUGAAUUCCUAAACCACGUUGAGGAUGGUUUGAAAGAUCACUAUGAUAUUAAGAUGUUAACAUUUUUAAUGCUGGUGAGACUAUCUACGUUGUGUCCAAGUGCGGUAUUGCAGAGGCUGGAUAGACUGGUUGAACCCUUGCGUGCUACGUGUACAACCAAGGUAAAAGCAAACUCUGUGAAGCAAGAGUUUGAAAAGCAAGAUGAACUGAAGCGAUCAGCUAUGAGGGCAGUAGCAGCAUUAUUAACUAUUCCAGAAGCAGAAAAGAGUCCACUAAUGAGUGAAUUUCAGUCACAGAUAAGCUCUAAUCCAGAGCUUGCAGCCAUCUUCGAAAGCAUCCAGAAAGAUUCAUCAUCCACUAAUUUGGAAUCAAUGGACACCAGUUAGAUAUUUGAACAGGGACCAUUAAUUUUAACCGUACAAUGCACUGAAUUUACAAUUUACAAGUUAAAAAAAAAAGAAAAAUAUCGAAUCGUCACAAUGUUCAAUUUUACCUUUAUGGAGACAGUUUGGCUUUUUUCCAUUGUUGUUUUUUUAGCAUUUAUUCCAAAAUAUGUAUUUCCAUAACUCCAAAGUUGUAAGCCACACAUGUUUUAGUGGAUUUGAAUACCCAUUGAAUAGAAAUAAAAGUUAAAACGCAUGAUGUAUGGAAAUAGAUUCCAACAUCCAUUUGCCCUGUAAUGUUUAGGAUUAAAAGUUUAAAAACUUGUGGCCAUGAUUUUUCUUUUCAUUUUUUUCUUGAAACCAAACCAAAUAACAUUUGUGUUUUAUCUAACUUUGCCUGGUAGAUAGGCUUAAAAAAACUGUGAAGAGUUACUAUCGUACAUCUUAGGUACAAUUUUAAAAUGGAAACGCAAGUAAAUGUCCUUUUUAAACAUGUGGGAAUAAACAAUUUUUGUUCACACUAA